GAUCAGUUCAGCCAAUAGAGUGGUCACGGAGUUUGUGUCCGCUCUGCUCCGAGCUGGGAAGCUAAGCUAGCUCGGAGCUAAUGGUUGAAAGAUAUUUUUAGCUCGUUUAAACUCUGUUAUCAACACUCACACUACUGAAGAGUCGCUCGUAAGGUUUCCAUCAUGGGUGAACCACAGCAGGUCAGCGCCCUGCCUCCGCCACCGACGCAGUACAUCAAAGAGUACACAGACGAAAACAUCCGCAAAGGCCUGGCCCCCAAGCCCCCUCCCCCCAUUAGAGACAACUACAUGAUGUUUGGCAACCAGUUCCAAUGCGACGACCUCAUCAUCCGUCCCCUGGAGAGCCAGGGCAUCGAGAGGCUUCACCCCAUGCAGUUUGACCACAAGCAGGAGCUCAAGAAGCUCAACAUGUCCAUUCUCGUGAACUUCCUGGACUUGCUCGACAUCCUCAUCAAAAGCCCGGGCAGCAUAAAGCGGGAGGAGAAACUGGAGGACAUAAAGCUGCUGUUUGUCCACAUGCACCACCUGAUAAACGAGUACAGGCCUCACCAAGCCAGGGAGACGCUGAGGGUGAUGAUGGAGGUGCAGAAGAGGCAGAGGCUGGAAACGGCGGAGAGGUUCCAGAAGCAUCUGGAGAGAGUGGUGGAGAUGAUCCAGGGAUGCCUGGCCUCCUUGCCCGACGACCUGCCCCAGUCAGAGAGCCCGGAUCUGGUUUGCGGGGCUAAGAGCGCGCCGACGGGACCUAGUUUCGGUUGUUCUUCUGGACAGGUCCCGCUGCUGAAAGCUGAACCAAUGGAUGUGGAGGAAGCAGGUUCCAGCUGCAUGGCACCAGGUGCCCUGGACAAAAACGCUGCUGGCUCUAGAAGGGACAAAACGUGGGACAAGGACGCUGCCAUGUGUGGGAUAAUCGACGAAAUAGCUUAAAGUAGACCACGUUUAAAAAGUUUUCCUGUUUCCUUUUCUACUCCUGAAGGAUGUUUUUUUUUUUUUUUUUUUGCUUUACUCCUGGUGUGAAAUAUUUCUGGCAUUCUUUAGCUUUCUUUUGCAAAUAUAGUCUACCAUCCAUGUAAAAUAGAGAAUUUGCAUCUGUGUAGAUUAGUUAUGGUGUUUCAAGGCCGUUUGAGACAAUAAAUGAUUUUGCAAUUGCAGUGUA